AUGAAUGCAGUCCCCGCCAAAGAGUUCAUUCUCAUGGGAUUUACCAAAAGUCUAGAGCAGCAGCUUCCCCUUUUCAUGGUGUUCCUUGUGAUCUACCUUAUCACCCUUAUGGGGAAUCUGGGGAUGAUCACAUUAGUCAGAAUGAACUUCCAGCUUCACACCCCCAUGUAUUUCUUCCUGUGCAACUUGUCUAUCAUCGAUAUCUGUUACUCAUCUACCAUCACCCCAAGGAUGCUAAUGAACUUUCUAUCAGUUGGCAAGACAAUUUCCUUCAGUGUGUGUUUUGUUCAGCUUUACUUCUUUGUUGCCUAGGUGUGCUCUGAAUGUUUCUUGCUGGCCACAAUGGCAUAUGACCGUUACAUAGCUAUCUGUAGCUCUUUGCUCUAUUUAUCCAUUAUGUCACAAAGAGUCUGUCUCCUCCGCUUGCUCCCGAGGAUGGCGGAACAUCUCGACCCCGGCACUAUAAGCACCUUCCCUGGGCACACCCUUUUUCUUACGUUGCCAUACUGUCGCUCCAACAUCAUUAGGCAUUUCUUCUGUGAUACUCCUCCAUUGUUAGCACUGGCCUCUAAUAGCUAUGUUGCUGAAAUAAUCAUUUCUUUACUAGCUGGUCUCACCACCAUUGGGUCCUUAUUAAUCAUCCUCCUUUCUUAUAUCUUCAUUCUGUCUGCAAUUCUGAAGAUCCAUUUGGCUCAAGGCAGACUCAAGGCUUUCUCCACUUGCUCCUCUCACCUUAUAGCUGUCACUGUCUUCUAUGGGACUCUGAUAUUUACAUAUAUGUGUCCUAAUACAAGCUACUCAUUGGGUUGGGACCAAGUGGCUUCUUUGUUCUACACAGUAGUGGUCCCCAUGAUGAACCCUCUGAUCUACAGCCUGAGGAACAAGGAUAUGAAGAAGGCCUUCAAGCAAUCAGUAAACAUAAAAUUGUUUUCACAUUGA